AUGUCCUCUGAAGAGCCCCGCGGGCAGUCUAGCGAGGGCUCCUCCGACUCGGAAACCUACCACCGGUCCAUCGAAACCAAGAGCCUCACCGAAAGCAUCCUUGAACAUGUCGUCGAGGGCGGUCUCCGCUAUCACGCUUACCACGCGGGCAAAUACCCGUUUCCCAACGACGACGUCGAGCAGCAGUGUGACGAGAUGCGCCAUGUUAUGACCCUUGAGUUGUGCGACGGCAAGGCCUUUUAUGCACCCGUGGAGGAUCUAUUAACAGAAGGUGCCGAGGUAUUAGACCUUGGUAAGAACUGGAACGGGCGCUUGGUGCACGGAAUAGUUGGUGCCCCCAACGUCCAGUUCCUCGUCGACGACAUCGAACACGAAAACGGAUGGGACUACCCCGAAAACCACUUCGACUACAUCCACAUACGCCACACCCUGCACUCCAUCAAGAACCGGCGGGAUCUUCUCGAGAGAGCGUACAAACACCUCAAACCCGGCGGCUACCUAGAGAUCCAAGAGCUGCACUACGAACCCCAAGCCGACGACUCCACCCUCACCCCCGAAACCACCUACCGCCUCCGAGAUUUCUUCUUCCACCUCUCCCAGGGCCUCCUCGCCCUCGGCGCCGACCUCCACGCCAUCACUCACGUGGCCGACGACCUCCGCGAGCUCGGCUUCGAAAAAGUCACCCAGACCACGCUCAAGUGCCCCAUUGGCGUGUGGCCCAAGAAGCGCGAGCUCUCCGACUGCGGCCAGCUCUUGAAAACCGUCAUCAUCGACGGCCUCAAGGGCAUGGCCAGGAAACCCUUUGUCCACGGCCUCGGCUGGACCAUGAUGCAGCUCGAGAUGUUUCUGGUCGAGGUCAGGAAGGCCACCGCCGACGUGUCCUUUCACACUUUUCUCCCCUUUCACGCCAUCCACGCGAGGAAACCUCUGCCGUGA